GCGUGAGCGAGUGUAGCGCAAAGUAAGUGAGAAGGUGAGCAUCUUCUUAAUUUAGAGGUUUCGCUGCCACCCACACACAAAAAGAAGAUGGAAACGCCAAAAAGUCUGCAAGAACUGACCAAAAUGCUACACGAAAUCUUUAAGGAGGACAGCAUUAAUGUCGAAGAAGUGACAGAGCUCAUGGAGUCCUACAAAAGCAACCCCCAGGACUGGAAGAAAUACGCCAUUUUUGACAAACACAGAUACACCAGGAACUUGGUGGACGAAGGCAAUGGGAAGUUCAACCUGAUCAUCUUGUGUUGGGGAGAAGGCCAUGGAAGUAGCAUCCACGACCACUCAGACUCUCACUGCUUCAUGAAGAUGCUCCAGGGCGAGCUCAAAGAGACUCAGUACCACUGGCCAACGGGCGAAGGCGGUGAGAUGACCGAGAAAUCGCACAAGAUCCUGGAGAACAACUCUGUGGCCUAUAUAAACGACUCCAUCGGCUUGCACCGCGUAGAAAAUGUCAGCCACACUGAGGGUUCGAUCAGCUUGCACCUGUACAGCCCGCCUUUCCAGACGUGUCAGGUUUUCGACGAACGCACCGGUCACAAGACUGUCGCCAAGAUGACCUUCUGGAGCAAAAAUGGCGAAAGGACUCCAUUUCAGUGCGCAGCAACAAAAGAAAACAACUGAACCUUUGGAAAAGAAGACUCAUCGUGCUUUGAUUUUAAAAACGGCGUUUUUAUUUUUAAAAUCCAUUUUAGUCAUCUUGUUUUAAAUUCACCUGCAGGCUACUGUAGUUCAAAAGUGCACGCAAUUGUGUGGCUUUCUGGCUCACUGCUUAGCAACUAAUGAUGUGUAGCACAUUUUUUUCCCUUUUCAGAGCUGAGCACUUUGUCAUAUACUGUCCAUUGAUUCCAGUGUUGUCUUAAUAGCGGAAGAAAAGAUGUCUGAUGAAGGAAAAAGAAGUUAGAUUUUUUUUGUUCUUUGCAAGGAGCGUAUUGUCAUAUUUGUUUGGAUCAGUAUGUGGGUUAUUAUUAUUCAUCACUUAAAUUGCAUAAGGAUGUUCAUUUAGUUCUUCAAUGAAUAUAUUGUUUUUAUUUGUACACAACUUGACCAAGACCCCGCGAUCUCAACCAUGAAUAUGAUCUAUGAUGGCUGAUGUACAGAAUCUAAUUAAACGUGAUUAUAGUUCAUGGACAGUACUGUGUAUCUUUGUACCCGUUCUCAGGAGUCUAUAUUCUAUGUAUCGCUAGGAAAUUCAUAUUUUGUUGUCACUUUUGCAAAUGCUGUACCACUGAUAUUUGUGAUGCAAUAAAAGUCAUUGUAAUGCUCCA